ACGUGAAAUGUCACAUAUUGACAAUAUUGUUAAAAUGGAUCACAAGGUAACUGAUAUAAAAAUACCUAGGUAUCAAGUUUAAUAAAUUGAGUACAUAUUCAUUAUUGGAAAAUUUAAUGGAAUACCAUUAAAUUUUCCAAUGGAUACAACAACUACUGCAGAUACAGACAACGCACCACUUAAUAUCCUGCCUCCUAUGAUAGUCAACAAUCCUCGACCAAAAAUUGAAGCUGAACAAAUACCACUGAGUGAAUUACUGCCCAAGCCCAAAAAGCGGAAGUCAGUUAAUAGGCUCAUAGUGAGCAGGGCGGGUGAAGUCCAGCCCAAGCCAAUGCUACCCUUGGAGCUGUCCUGCUCCCCUACGCUGUUGUGUUUUCAAUUGGACCGGGACACUGUCAUGCAAGACGUUAAAUUAUGGAACGUGUGCAAGCGCUCUAUCUAUGUCCUGUGCUGUGGGAUGUGGGACGAGACAGCACGGCUCGGCGCUAGCUGGUGGUGCUACCCUCGGACCAGGUUCUUCCUGCCCCCCGGCUUCCCGGCCAAGAUAACCAUCAAAGCGACUCCCCGAGGCUACGCCCCCAUUCCCUACGCCACCUCCGCGCUACAGGUGGCUGUAGCUCACAAGCUAGACCACGUAGUUGGCUACAUCGUGAUACCUAUUUGUGCUAAAUUUUUGACCUUUCGACCUCCAAGUUUUGGUGAAAGUGGAUGAAUUUAUUUUUUCAAUGUUCGAUCAGAAUUAAACUUGAAAAGAUUAUUUUGUUGUCAGUGAAAAGUGACUGAUAUAAAUUAAGUUUUUAAGAUCAAGUUUAUAAACUUUGUAUAAGAUAUGGUUGUACAUAACCAAUUAAUUAUGGUUAUACAUAAAUAAUUUAACAUUUAUUUUUAUAUUUUUGUGGGUAGAAAAUAUCUAAAUAAAUCAUAUAAUUCUGCUUAAUAUUAGAGUCUGCCUACAACAUAUACUCAGUUCAGAAGUGUAAGUAUAGAUCUAUAUGAACCUAUUCUGUUUAUAUUUUCGGCAAUCACAUAAUAAAUGACAACACAAAGUAAUUUCUUGGGACGGUUGAAUUAAAACGGAAAAUAAAAUAAUCUAAAAUGCAUUUGUUGUAUAUUAAUUUUCGAAAAAAUUACGGAAAUGGAAGCAAAUUUUGGU